UAUCACAGUAGUGUACUGCUAAAAGUCUACUGCCCUUUCCUCUUUCCUCCCCGAGUCCCCACCCCUUUCUUUGUGCUGUAUCAUCUCCAGUACCCUAGCUAGCCAGUAGCCAUGAACAAGCCAGAAAUAUAUGCAGUACAACCACAGAAAGAUUAAAACAACCUUUGAUCGAGUGUCCCUUCGCUUGUGUUUACAUAUUACUGUUGAUUUAGAUAACAUCAAAAAGCUUAAUAGUAUUCAUAUUUCUCAUGCUGGCGUGCCAGUCAUUUUCUCUUCCUUCUUCUGAGAUUUUUGCUUGCCCAAAUGAUGGGCUCCUCACGAAAAAGAAGAGAAGGCCUGCAGGAACACCAGAUCCUGAUGCAGAAGUUGUUUAUCUUUCACCUGAGAUGUUAAUGGAAUCGGAUCGCUACGUUUGCGAAAUCUGUAACCAAUGCUUCCAGAGAGAGCAAAAUCUCCAGAUGCAUCGGAGACGCCAUAAGGUUCCUUGGAAGCUACUAAAGAAAGAUAAACAAGAAGUGAAAAAACGAGUAUAUGUGUGUCCCGAGCCAACUUGCCUUCACCAUGACCCGUGCCACGCACUAGGUGACCUUGUGGGCAUAAAGAAGCAUUUCAGAAGGAAACAUAGCAAUAAUAAACAGUGGGUUUGUGAGAAAUGCUCAAAAGGUUAUGCUGUUCAGUCUGAUUACAAGGCUCAUGUCAAGAUAUGUGGUACUAGAGGUCACUCUUGUGACUGCGGCCGUGUUUUCUCCAGAGUUGAAGCUUUUAUCGAGCAUCAAGAUACAUGCAAAGCUCGCAUGACAGACUAUAUGUGUCAGGGAAUACCAGCUGCUGAUCCAUUUCACCAUUCUACUUUGAGCCCAGAUUUUUUAGGAGACAGAAGUUUCCAUAACAACCUUUCUGAAAUGCCAAGGCAGAAAGUCUUGGAUUCAGCUUUUGAUGGGCAAAACAACAAUGGUACUGUCACUGGUUUUUGCCACAAUCUUGAGCUUGAACUGUUUUCUUCCAGUAAUUCUUCCCUAAGUGGGGUGAACUUCUCCAAUACUGGUAGUGUUGCCUCUGAACAAAAUCAUCAUACCAGUCAAUCAAAUAUUGGUAGUUUUAUUCCAGAACCGGAAACUGAAGGAGACUACUCAAAUUCAGUAUGGUACAACUAUGAUGCAUGGAACCACAGUUAUUACAGAGAAAGUAUGGAUGCCAAAGUGAUGCCGCCAGAAGCCGUUAGAUUGAGAGAUGAGGCCCGUGAACUAUCACGGGUAGCCAAGGAAGAGAAGGCAUUGGCCGAAGAGAAGAGACAUCAAGCGAAAUGUUUGAUUGAAAUGGCUAAACAAGAGAUGACAAGAGCAAGAACAAUCAGAGAACAAGCCUUCUACGAGUUUAAUGCAGCUGAGUUGAUGAAAGAUUGUGCAACAAGGCAUAUAAGCUCUAAUUUUGUGCAGAUAACUUGUAAUGCUUGUAGGAGAGAUUUUAUACAGGAGAAGCCUUCUCAGCUGAGAGUUCCAUCUCAUCUUCCAUUCUAGAAUGUCAAAAAAUGGGUAAAGAUCCUCGUGCUUUAGUCUAGUGAAAUUGAUGCCCUCAGUAUUUGCCUAGCUGAAUGUGUCAUGCAUUGUUUUCAAAUGCGUGCUGCUGAUUAUGUAAUCAAAUUUUAUUGAGUUGUGAAUCUGUUUUUACUAUUUCGUGAGUUCUA